CCCCACCACUUCGCUCCCUUUGACUUUCCCUGGCAGGGCUCGGGCGCGCGGCAGUCGAAUGUUGCUGCGGGCGGGCGCUGGAAGGAAGGAGGGCGGAGGUGGCGCGUGCCCGGCCUGCCUCCCCGGGCAAAAACCGCCUUGGCUAGACCUGAGGCGGUCGCGGAGUGAAUUCCUGUCACUUUCCCUGCAGGGGUGUCCCUGGUUUGGGCGAAGGGAAGGAUAGUGGUAGUGGAGACCGGACAUGCCAAGCCCAGUCCAGUCCAGCCCUGUGUGGGGCACGGCCGGCCACCCGCCGUCCUAGCCCUUCUCCUCAAGUGACUCCUCCUUCCCUUCAGGAUCUAUUUUUUUAAAAACCAAAAUUGCAGUUAUUUUUGCAAGAUGAUGGUUCCAGGCAGGGAUUAGCUGGGUACCAAAAUAAAACAGGAACCCCUCUGGCGCAUUGAGAGGGUGAUAAAAUUGGAUUGCUCAUGAAACACCAGUCCAGUCAGUGGUGCACGAAAGGCUGAUAACGUUUAUUCUAAAAGAUGGUUUUGUGACUCACUACCCCUUCGUCAGAUAGAUGAAAGAGGGUGAAGGAAAAUCGUCCUGGGAGGUCUUAUGAGGAAAGUUGCGGGUGUAGAUUCCUUGGAUCCCUAUCUGACAAAGUGGGGUGCAAGUUGUGCAAGUUCACGUUGAAAUAAAAUGUUUACUUACCCUAAUGCCGUAAUCUGUAAAGGGUCACUAUUGUUUAUUUACUUUAUUUAUCCCCUAGUUUUCUCCCCAAUAGGGACUUAAAAGCAGUUUGCAACGUUUUCCCCUUCUAUUUGUCUUCACAACAGCCCUGUCAGGGAGGUUACGUUGACAGUGCAUGAGCAGCCCAAGGUCACCCUGCAAUUUCCUGUCGUAGACUAAUAUGAGUAUUUUCCAAGAAAGUGCUUCUGAAUAAAAUUGAAGAAAUAAAAAUCUCUCAAAAUGAGAGAUUCUGCUGAUGUUCUAAACCAGGGGUGGCCAAACUUUGCCGUUUUAUUAUUCAUUUAUUCCAUUUAUAUCCUGCCCUACACCGAAGUCCCAGGGCAGCUUACAUGAUAGGGUUAAAAAGCCCUGUUUUCCUGUGCUCCGGUUUGCCAAGAUGUAUUUCAUUAGUCUGUCCCAUUCCAUAUAAAUAUGAAUGAGUUAUCUUUGAACUCUGUAUUGUGAUGAUAGUGUUCAUCUCUACAGUGCACUAAAUGGAAUGUGCAUAUUCAUAAAAUGUCUAGGAUACCACUGCACGAAAGACUCUUGGAAGUAAAAGAAUUAAUUCAGUUAUAUUUGCAUUAUAAACAAAACUUUGAUCCUAAUAAACUCUGAUCGUAAUAAAUUAGGAACAAUAUGUUGUUGGAACAACAUUUUUACCGGACACUUGUGUAUAAUUCUCAUUAGCAUGAUAUGUACCAAAGUGUAAUUUGUGGACCCUUAAACCCUUACUGAAAUGAAUGUGACUGGAAUCAACGGAAAAGAAUGAAAAGUAAAAUAUUUAAAAUGAGCGAUCAGCAGUGGGAAAGGACCUGGUCAUUAAUAUAUGUAGUAACCGUAAUAAAACAAACAUUAUGUAAUUUGGUCUUUCUACUUUCUGUUUAUUUCUGGUCUAUUAGUAUUUUUACCAUAAUUGUGUCACUGGCAACUUACAAAUUAAAACUUCCUUUCUUUCUGAUAGUUACUUGGUAUCAAUUUAAGUCAUGUUAACUAAUAUUCCAUUUAAAUAUGAAUUGAAUAAUAAUAUAAUGAAAAUUUUCUUUUUUUGUGAUGGAAGAGCAGGGUGUUCAGAAGGCCUGGCUGGGAGUGUUUAAUUCCAAGCGGGAACAGGCUUUGGUCUCUAAAAUCUGUGAAAUCUACUUGCCUUUGCUGCAAUGGAAAAAAAUGGAGUUGACAGUGAUAAUAACAUGGAAAGAGGCAAUGAUUACUUGGUAGUCAGCUCUAAUAAUGCGGAAGAAUUGGAAAGUGGCAGCCAGGUAUUCCAGCAUCUAACAUGUAUGGAAAGCAAGAGUGCAUCAUUUGGACAGAAUGCAUCUCAUGGAGUUCUGCCAGCCACAGACGAUGCUUCUCCACCACCAAAUGCACAAACACAGCUAUGCCAGCCACCUCCCUCUCCUGUGGAAGAUUUUCAACUUGUAGAUCAAAACUGCCAUUCCCUUUAUGAAGUACAAUCCAUGGAGGGGCCUGGUUCUCACAUGAUGAUUGUCGCCAGCCAUUCUGAAAAUGGCCAAGUGCUCCAUGUUGUUCCUUCUUCUCAGCCAGGAAUUGCACAAUUGAUUAUUCCCCAAGGUCAGCUUUUGGAUGUCAGCAGCUCUGGAGAUGUUUCACAGGAGAAAAACUGCGCUGGGAAUUUGCAGACUGUGGCAGUGGCUGCUAUAGCAGACAAUACAAGCAGUUAUGUCUUUCAUCCUGAAGCGUCUCUCACAGUAUCAAAAAAGGCAACCACCAGGGUGUUGGAAGAUCCUUUCUCUGUUUCCCCUCAGCCAUUGCCCCUAAAUACACCUGCAUGGGCUCGCCGUCUCAGGAGCUGUGAGAAAAUUGGCGACUCUUAUCGUGGCUAUUGUUCAAGUGAGACCGAAUUGGACAGUGUUCUAAUCCUGCACAAACAGCAAACACAGAGUGUAUGGGGAACACGGCAGUCUCCUAGCCCAGCAAAGCCUGCCACAAGAUUGAUGUGGAAAUCACAGUAUGUCCCAUAUGAUGGGAUUCCAUUUGUCAAUGCAGGGAGCAGAGCCAUAGUGAUGGAGUGUCAAUAUGGACCCCGAAGGAAGGGUUUUCAGCCCAGAAAAAGUAGUGAGCAGGAGAACAUUUCCUGCCAACUGUACAAAGCCACCUGUCCUGCAAGAAUCUACAUUAAGAAAGUGCAGAAGUUUCCUGAAUAUCGAGUACCCACAGAUUCCAAAAUCGAUAAGAAAAUCAUACGAGUAGAGCAGGAAAAAGCUUUCAACAUGCUGAAGAAAAACCUGAUUGAAGUUGGAGGGGUGCUCAGGUGGUAUGUGCAGUUACCCACCCAGCAGGCUCAUCAAUACCAUGACAUGGAAGAGCUGUGCCUCCCACCUUCACCUUUCUCCGUGCCAUCUCCUGAGGAAGACAGCGAUGCAGUCAGAGAUGAGAACUGCGUUUUGCCAUCCCGCCUUCACCCGCAAGUCGCUGAUAAGAUCAGAGAACUAGUGUCUCAAGGAAUACAACAAGUCUAUGCAGUGAGGAAACAGUUACGAAGAUUCGUGGAACAAGAAUUGUUUAAACCUGAUGAAGUGCCAGAACGGCAUAAUUUGUCAUUCUUCCCCACUGUAAAUGAUAUUAAGAACCACAUUCAUGAAGUUCAAAAGACCCUAAAGAAUGGGAAAAUGGUGUACAACUCGGAAACUGUUCCAGCCAUGCUGCAGUGGUCCACAGAUGGUGGGAACAUUCUCACUGAAACAGUGACAGUUACAUUUGCAUCGCCACCAACUGAGGGAAGUUCACUAGAGAAAACCAUUAUCAAGGUGGAAUCUAACCAGACAAGGGAGCUCUUAGGUCCAGAAGUGACUCAGCUCCUUUCUUCACUUCAACCCAGAGUGUUUGCCCAGCUCAAGGAGUUGCAGUUGCAGCCAACUUCUACUGAUGGGACAGCAACCCUUAUAACGGUGGAUAGCUGCUCUACGCCCAGCUCUUCAAGCAUUCUGCACCCCACAGGGAAGCUGAUGACAAGCAAGUCUGUAGUCAGUCAUGGUCACACUCUUGGAGAAACUUCCUGUCAAAGUCAGAACAAUACUACUAUAUCACUGCUUGGAGAGCAACUUGUACUUGAUCAAAGUGACUGCCUUUUAACUGCUGGAAGUAUAGAAGAUACUAAAACCACACAGCAAGAAGUCCAUCAGAUCCUUUUAAGAGAUGCAUGCGCCAUUCGUACACAUACAGUAGACAACCAUCCAGCUGUUAGUAAAAACCCAGAGAGUACUGCCAGCACGAGCCAUGUCGGACACGAAGCCAAAGAACAAGCAGUGUCUUCUGAGAUGGAAGAUUUCAGAGACUUCCGGGCUUCAUCUGUUACUUGAAACGAGGAAGGUGGUGAAGAACUUGCAACGAAGAAAGGGCAGUAUUUGAUGCAGGCGCCUUCCGCUGUUCUGUGGCAGGCAGCUGUUUUGAUUCUGUUCAGUGCUGGUGCCAAAUCGAGCAAUAACCACAUAGCGCUGCCACUCUUCCUCCUUGCUACUAUGGUUUGUGUAAUAUCCAAAUAGCUUAUUGCAGUCAGUGUUGACCCACGAUUUCCAAAACCAGAUCCCUGAUUUUUUUUCCCCCAUCAGCUUCUUGUAUUGGCUGUUCUCACUGACUUUUCUGAAGCUUUCGUCUUGUUCUGGAAACCUGAAACUGACCGUGGUAGCCAUGGAUUUGAGAAAACCUGUAUAACUUGUGACGGAAGAUAAAGCUUUUAGUUUUCAGAAGACAAAGGGAAAUAUCCCCCUGCCAAAGGUAAAAGUUGCCAGCAAAAUUGUUAGCAUGGACAGGUAGCAAUAGACACGGUGCUGUGGAGGAGAACAGCCAUUGACAUCUGCAUAUAACUUUCAGGAUCGUUAAUAGUCAUUAGUUUCCCAUUCUGUGCUCUUGUUUUUUCCGAGGCAAAAUGACUAAUGGAUCACAACAUUGAAGAGUAGCUCUUAUGUCUGAUAGGAAUUGGUGCGUGGCUUUUCAGCAAUGAUCCUUUUUAAUUUUGUGCACUUUACCGAUCACAUGUAGUAACGUGUAUAAGAUGAAAAGAAGACUGUUCAGUUGUGUUUAUUCAUAUUACGACUCUGUAGAACAGAACUUGAAUAUCUGUAACGUCUCUGACAAUGGAGGAAAUAUAUACAGUGAUCUUAUCCAUGAUCCGGAGGAUAAAUUGGGUCUCCUGUGGAUUUUUACGGAAGCAGACGUCAAGAAUGCAAGACCGUGUAUAACUCUGGAUAUUAAGAUUUUGAUUCAAAUAAUGAGAGAGGUUUUCCCUGCUAUUAUUGCUUAAAAUUGUGGAUCAAGAUUAUGUUCUGUGUGCCAAGCAGAAUUCUAAAGGUGAUGCUCCUACUUGAAUUAUUCAUGACAAAAUGCAUAUAAUGUUGCUUAAAACUGGAUUCCCCUUCACAGGUUACAAAAAUCAGUGCUAAAAUAAGGAAUUUACAGUUAAAUUCAGCAUAGAUGUUUACUCAAAUAUAAACUUUGUGGAAUUUCUGUUUACGCACAUAGUUAGUUGAUGCAGUGGGUGGGGGCCACUGAUAAGUAGAUUUAAGAAUUGUAGAUCUCUUCUACAUCCCCCCACCCCCCAGCAGUCAUUUCUGACCUCUCGAAAUUUUAUUUGAAUCAAGUUUCCAUGACUGGAGCAGACUGCUGUGUAGAUGGGAACAGGGGAAAGGUCAGCGCCCAUCAUCAUUUUACACUAGCAGACUGCUGGAUCUAUCCUGGUAUUUUGUGUCCCCUGCAAACACAGAGUUCCUCUGAGUACAGGAGUUCCCAUUGACUUUGGUGGAAGGAGCCACUCUGCAGAUCAUGGUGGAAGGCUGGUAUACACAGAGUUCCUAUUCCUGAAACAGGUUUCUGAAUUAAGUUGCCCACUUGAAGCACUGGCAAAAGGUCAGAAUGGUGCUUUUACCUCAACAUAUUGUGUGUAAAUCGUUGUUUUAAUUUUUUUGCAGUUAUUUCUUACAUUGGAGGCCUGCAAUUAAAAUAGGUUUUCCUGUUGACAAACACCACUCCUCCAGGCGGAUACCAAAAUCUCCACUUUUCCACAACACUGUUAAUAUUGGACACUUGGUUUGAGAAGUCCCGUGAGACUUACACAUAAUGGAAAUUGAGACUUAAAUGGAUUCUCUCUACUUGCAUUGCUGAUCAUCUCCACAUCUUCUGAAAUUAGAGCAGCCAGAAUUCUGAACAUUUAGAAACUUAUUCAUCAUGUGCAGGAAUUCUGGGGGAAUGCCAAUAGACCCACGGGUUAAAUGAAAAUCUGCCAUAAUUUGUAGAUUCUCUGCAUGUAAAGGAAUUUUUGAAUAUAUUUGCAGUUGGCAGAAAAGUAUAUGAAGAUGCCUCUUAUUCUUAGGAACUUAAAAGACUACUGGGUCUUGGAGGUGUAGCUAUAAGGGGAUGGGGGGUGCGCCGUGCACUGGGCGCACACUGGUGGAGGCAGAAAAUUGCACCCGCCCCUUCCCUCCUUGCCCCACCUUGCCAGGCCUGGCU